AAAUAGCUUCGAGAUCACAUGUUACUCUUACAGCCGUUUAGGAACGAAAGUGAACUUCAAUAUUGUUCUAAUUGCCACUGUUAUAUCUGUUUUGAAACCGUUAAUCUUAUUGUGAUUUUAUAAUUGUUGUUUUGUCAAUAUCACGGUGCCUUGUUUUCAUAACAUUCAAUUCUUCAUUGUCUUUGAUUUAGUUAACAUUUUUGUGUAAAUAGAAUAAUGUCAAUAAGCUCUGGUUCAGAUUUGUCCGAUUAUGAAGACAUUACUGAUACAUAUAAAGUAGAAGAAGACACUACAACUUUGAAAGUUUUAGACAACACCAAGCCUUGCAUUUGCGAUUCAGUUGAGGAAGCUACUCGAUUUCUUCAUAGUUAUGAAAUCAGUAAUUCUGUUAGGUUUGCUGCCCUUUCCACUCCAAAGAGCUUUGGAAGUUCAGUUAUACAUGGAACCCAACAUAAAGUAUUAUGGGAAACAUCUGAAGACUAUGCUACUCCUUAUAUUAUAUUAUCUACAAAAAGAUACAAUUGUCACCAUGGUUUCGAUCGGAACGCUGCUGCAAAAAGGAAGCAUAAUGAAGCAAAAGAAAAUCAGAAAGUGGAUCAUUUAUACAUAACUGAUUAUGUUAUCAUACAAGAUACUAAAAGAGCGUCUAAAGCAAAGAUAAUAGAAUACUCGAACAUCGACCAAGACUGCUUAGAAAUCAAAAUAAAAGAAUGGAAAGAAGCUGACUCAUCUGCCAAUAUCUAUUUUCGACCUAAAGAACAGGGUAACAGUGCUGAGCUCUUGUUUGUAUACCAAGCAUUUUGGCAAAAAAAAACUGCUAAAAAAAUAUGGGAAUGA